UUGGCGGCCAUAUUGAAUGUGUUGAUAAUAGUUAUGGAUUUUUGUUUUAUCUAAUUUAUACGAAAACUGAAGACGUACUUCAUUUUUAGUCUGAUUUGGGCCCUUUGUCCACAACUCUUAAUAGUUUUGUUUUAACCAAAACAUGGAUGAAGAUGAACGGCAGAGAAAACUAGAAGCUGGGAGAGCUAAGCUUGCUAGCUUCCGACAGAAGCGGGCAAAAAGCGACAGUGCGGGGGCGGCGAAAAAGACGCAGAAGAGGAAGGGCCAGAAUGUCGCACAGAAUAACCGCUCGACGCAAGACUGCCACGUAGCACCAGCCCUUUCAUCAGCCAAUGUCAUAAAGCUGAAUAACAAGCCCAGCUAUGAGGAGCUCCAAAAUCAAAGGAUUCAGCAGGACCAACAAGAGGAUCAACCCCCUGCUGCGGAGCAAAGCCCGUCCCCUGUGGAAGAGUUGCAAGAGGAGGAGCUGACUGCACUAACCGGCAAAGAGCAGCUCACACAGUUGCAACAGGCUGUGGAGAAGCGUGAUGAGAUCAUUGCCAAGCUCAGUGCCAACCUGCAGGAGGCCAAGGCCAGUAGAGACCUGGUACAGCUAGAGGCCCAUUCGCUGACUGGUCAGAUUCAGGCCAUGCAGAAACAGCUCCAGCAGACUACCAUGGGGUUCCUGCGCAUUAAAUCUCACUCAGGUGUUGAAGUUUUUAAUGCUCACCGACAGCAGAAUCUGCCAGGGCAGGACUCAACAGAUGUCAGUCAUAAGGAGCUGCUAUCAGUGGAAUCUUUAAGUGUAGAUUCCAUUUCACAGUCAUCGAUGGUGGAAAACUUCAGUACUGACGGUGAUACUGACACAGAUGAUGUUCUGCAAAAGCUGAAGCGUGAGCUCGAAGAGGAAAGGAAAAAUAGCCAGUACAUAUGUGCCAAACUAGCAGAUGCUAGAGAAUCACUUUCUUUACUGGAGGAUGAGAAGAGAAGUUGGGAAGUGGAGAGAGAAGAAAGAGAGGUCCAGCUAAAGUCCCUCCAGACUGAACUCGGACAACUCCAAACUCUGUGCCUUGAGGUGCAACAGUACAAAGAUGAGAAGGAGAAACUUAACAAAGAAGUGCUUGAGCUACGGAAAAGGCUACAGGAGGAGGUGCAGAAUGCAGAGAAAUUUGGGCAAGAAGUAUCCAACUCUGCCAGUCGACUGCAGAGGCUCCAGGAGGAAAAACUGAGGCAAGAAGAGGAGAUGAGGAUGCUUGGUGAGGAAGUGGAGACAGUCAAGCAGCUGUUGCAGGAAAGAGAAGAAGAACUUAAGUUAAGAGAGGAAGAGAUAACAGGACUUAAAGCUUCUAAAAAUAUGCAGAAUCAAGUAAAAGCUGAUCUUAAUCUGGAUGAAGAGAUCAUUUUAGAAGAGGCCAAUCUAGAAAAUUGGCCUGAUCAAGAGAGUACAACUGCAUCGAUGCCUGGAUACAUUCUGAUGGAGCGCUACUUGUCUUCGGUUCAUCCGGCACAUUCAGAGACCUCAGCCAUCAGUGAAAGCUUGGAACAAAGCAGCAUGCUGGAUAACUCUGAAAACUACAGUUUUGAGCUGAAUAGUGAAGUGCUAGGUGAUGGGCCUGUGUUAUCAAUUUCACACUGUCUCAACGAGGAGCACAACAUCGAUAUCCUACAGCACUCCCCUGACGCCCCUCUGGCCAGUGGUUCCAGUCCUCAGUCUCUGUCUCAGUGGCUUAAUAGCGUUGGAGAUGUGGAUGAGUUGGAGAAAAGUAGGGAUUCGGAGCAGCAGCGUGAGGAUGUAGACCUGGCGAAAGAACUGUUGAGUCAGCAGUUUAAGGAGCUCCAUGAGGAGCUGGCUUUCAAAGACAGGGACUUGAAUGUGUUACAGGAAGAAGUUGUCAAGAGUGCUGAAGAGCUGGAGGAGGCCAGAAACAGGUGGGCCCAAGUAACAGAAGAGCUCCGACAGGCUCUGUGGGAACUCGAAGAGGAAAAAGAGAAGAGGAGACUUAUUGAGGGGGAGAUGAACAUGAAAGCACACGAACAAGACAGCCUUAAGAACAAAUCCAAUGCCUUAUCCGAAGAAGGACAAACAGUGAAAGCAGUGUUUUUGUUGGGAAAGGAAGAUGAAACAUCACAGCUUUUCCUUGCUACAAAUUCAGGAGAUGAAGACAAACUUGUAGGGGAGCAAAAUGCAGAGGAGACUGUGCACCCACCUCCUCAGAAUCAUCAGGAGCUGGUGGCUUCCUCUCUACUGGAUAUAAAGCAGGGUGGAGAAUAUAAUAAAAUGACCCCAGAACUCACUGAUGAUAACCAGCUACAAGAACUAAAGGACCAUUGUGACCGAGUCAUGUCAGAACUUGAGGAGACUAAAGCGAGGCAUAAAAGUGCAGAAGAUCUGCUAACUCAGAAGUCUGUGGAGCUGAUUUCAACAAUAAAGGAGCUUGAAACAUCACAUGCAAAGGUCCUAGAUGUCCAAAUGGAAGUAGACAGACUUCUGGAUAAACUGGAGAAGAGUCAGAGCAGUCUCACCAGGGCCGAGGAAGAGAAGCAUAAUCUAGAGUUCCAGAUUCUCUGUCUGCAGCAAAACCUGGCAAACCUGGAAGAGUCACAGGCCCGGGUAAUAGAAGAGAGGGAAGAACAUAGAAAAAAGGAAGAAGAAAUGGAUGGACGGAUUAAAAAAAUGGAACAGGUACUUGAGGAGGAACUUGAACAGUUUGAAGAACUGCUAAAAGCCAAGGAUGUUGAGUUGACUGAAGAGAGGGAGAAAUGGGAAGAGGAGCGGCAGGAAAAGCAGAAAGAGCUCCUUGAUAUCAGGCAUCUUCUGGAGGCAGAGAAGAGGGAGAGGGAGGUGGAGGUGAAGGCUGUCAUGGAGAGGCAAGCCUUGGCUAUCGCAGAGGUUACAGACAGGCUCAGGGAUUCUCACCAGCAGGAGAUAAAAGAUCUUUUGGAGAAACAUCGACAGGAGAUUUCUGAGUUGAAAACUCAGCAGGAGAAGGAGCUGUUGGAUCAGAAAAAUAGUACAGAAGAACAGCAGACGAAACAGAUUCUCUUAAUCAAGCAGGUCACUGAACGAGAGCAUGAAAGAAUGAUGCUGGAGCUGACUGCCAAACACAGUGAGGAGAUUAAUCAAAUGAGGAGUAAGAUCUCCUCCGAGUUGAUUGAGAGCUUGGAGGUUGCCCACCAGGCUGAACUGCAGCAGAUACAAGAGCAGAACCAGAACUUGGAGAAGAGAGUAUGUGAAUUGCUCCAAAGCACUGAUGAGUUGAAGCAGCAGUGGGAGGCUCAAAUUUCUCAGGAGAGAGCUUCCAUGGAGGAAAUGCAGUCCAAAGAGAUACAGACUUUGCAAUCAAAGUGGGAGGAAGAAAACAAGAGCUCCUUGUCAAACCUUCAGUCAUCGCUAUCAGAAACUGAGAACAGUCUCGCUAGUACUCGAGCAGAAUUUGCCGACAACAAGAACACCCUCCUGCAGACCAACAAAGCUCUAAAUGAAGUUCAGGAAGCUUUGUCCCACACAGAGUUAGAGCUGCAGCAGUCAGAGGCAAGAUUGGAGGAAUUCCAGACUUUAAGUAAGGAGCAUGAGCAGAAAUUACAAGAGGAGCUGAAACAAGCCUGGGCUGAUAGAGAUGCUGCUGCCUGUGCACUGGAGGAGUUGGUUCAUAAUCAGAAGUCAGUGCUGCUGGAGAAAGAGCAGCAAGUGCACCGUCUGGAGGAAAAGAAAGAACAAUUGCAGCAAAAGGUUGUGAAUCUUCAAGAGGAAAAGGUCUUACUGAAGCAGAGCUCAAAAGAAGAAAUGAGUCAGCUACAGAUCCAGCUGGAGAGCAUGAGGACUAGUCGCCAAGAGUUGGGAGAGCUGAAGAAGCAGCUUCUAGCUCGAUCAUCUUGUAUUGAUGACAUUGAGCGACUAAAGAUGGAGUUUAAUGAACAAAAACAGGAAAUCAAACAGCAAAAUGAGGCUGAGUUAGAGAGUCUGCGGAGGUACUUUGAGCAACGGCUGCAGUCAACAGAGGAGAGCUACAGAGAAGAAAUCGCUCUGCUUCAGCUGAAGCUCGUGGAAAACGCCUUGGAAGAAACUGUGACUAAAACUACAGGUGACAGUUUCAUAUCAAUAGUGCAAGCUGAUGAAGAAAAGUCAGAUUCACUUUGUGAUACUGAGAAAUGCAAGGAUGUGCUUGGUACAUUGCGUCUUCAGUUGGAGGAAAAACACAGAGCAGAGCUGGAAGAUCUGCGAACAUCGCUGACACUUUCCUUUAAGGAAGAGCUGCAACAGGUGCGCUCACACCUCACAGACCAUUACUGUGAAGACUUACAGAAACUGAAGACUCAGCAUGCCCUGGAGGUAGAGCAACUCCGAGCCAGACUCUCUGAAAGCCACUUACAAGAGCUGACACGAGUCAGUUUGGAGGCAGAAAGGCAGGCUGAGCUGGAGGUUGAACAGAGGAUGUGGCAACAUGCAGAGGAGCUUCAGACAAAAAUGAUAAUCAUCCAAACACUGGAGAACACUCUGUCUUCUUUGAAUAAGCAGCACGAUGGUGAAUUGCAGAGGAAUACACAGCAGUCUCAGUGUGUUGAUCUGGAGAACACCCAGAAACAGGAAAAGGAUUGUCUACAGGAGGAAAUGCAAAGGUUGGUAGAAGAGCUUCGAGAGAAAUAUGAAGCACAAUUGAGUGUACUGAGGGCAGAUUUGGAGAGAGAGGCUGAGGAGAAGAUCAACUUUGAAAAACAACUUCAAGAAGAGAAGAUGAAAUUAAACUCUGUACACUCUGCACUCAACAACAAAGAUGACUCAAUAGUGAACCAGAAACUAAACCAGUUUGACAGUGAUGUGCAGAGUGCAAAGAGCUGCAACACAGCUGAGAUCAAGCACACUGUUCCCGAGCAACUGCAGCAAGAUCAACAGAAAUUGCAAGAAGAAAAAGCAGCGUUGGAAAAGUGUUUGACCCAGAAAUAUGAACAGUCAGUGGCAGCGCUACUGGACAAACAUCAAGCUGAACUGGAAUGUGAGAGAACUUUGCUGCAGAACAAACACUCUCAAGAGAUGGCAGCACUCUGUGACAAAUUAAAAGCUGAAUUAAAUUCAGUCAAUGCUCGUCACAGAGAUCAGCUGGCAGCUUUGGCAGUUGAGCUUGAACUGAAGCACAAGACUCAGCUUGUUGCCUUGGAAGUUUCCCUCAAUUCAAAACGAAAUACUGAACUCGCUAGUCUGGAGGCUGAUUUACAGGAGACCAGUCAGACUCGUCUUGAGGCGCUGGAGGCAGCGCUAUCUCAAAAACAUCAGCAAGAGAAGGAUGAACUGGAAAAGAGGAUGCUGGGUAAUAUGGACACUUUGGAGACCACAUACCUAAAUGAAGUGCAGACACUCCGUGAUGAAAUAGUUCAACUUAAAGAGAGGCAUCAGCAAGACCUGAAUCGCCAGGAGGCAGACCACGUGCAAAGAAUGGAGCAUCACAGCGCUGAGCAGUUGUCCAUCAGGGAGGAACUAAGGAAGCAGGCCGCUCAGGUGCAAGUGGAGAAAUUUAGUGCCUUGGCUGCAGAGCUCAAACAUGUUCACAACAUUGAGCUGGCUGCUCAAAAAGAGGCCUUAGAUGCUGAACAUUGCAAGGCUCUGGAGAUGCUUAAGAAUCAGGUUUUGGAACUAGAGCAACAACAUGGCACAGCUUUUCAGGAACUCUCACUUAACUAUGCUGCUGAGAAAGAGCUACUCAAAGAACAGCAUCAGUUGCAGUUGCAGGAGCUGAGGGCUGUCUCUGCACGAGAAUUGGAGGCUUGUCGCAGGGAGCUUGAAGAGGAGUCAUCAAGACAACGUCAACACUUCCUAGAAGAAGUGGAGCUACUCAGAGUCCAGUCAGAAGAAAAACUGCUGGACCGGAUUAAUCAGUUGAAGAGCGAGUGUGAAGAACAGAAGAUAGUGGCACUUGAAGAGUUGAGGCGUGGUUUCACAUCUGAGCAAGAGGAGACGGAACGCAGCUACACAGACAAAAUGAACCAGCUCACUGCUCAGAUGCAGCAGCUCGAUGCUCUGGUGGCCCAGUUACGAACAGAGAUAAGCUGUCUGCAGGGGGAGUUGAAGGGAAAGAGUGCAGAGAUGGAGACCAUGGAAACGCUCCUCCAAAGAAGAGAACGAGAAAGUCAGGAAGGAGGCAACUUACUUAAAAUGCUUACUGAUGACAUGCAGACUAUUAAAGAGGAAAGACAUAAACUACACCAGGCCAAUGAAAAGUUCAGGAAGAUUCUACUUGACAUUGUUCGCAGCACCAUUACAACAGAAGAGCUCAUAGGACAAAGGAUUAGUACCAGAGCCAAAACAUCUAAGGAGGAAUCCAUUCAGAGGACACCUUCAGGGAACAAAAAUGCACAAGAAUCAGGUAUUUCAGUAGCAGACUUGUCAUCAGAUGACCUGGAGCUGACCCAAAUGCUCUGUGAGAGCCUCCUGGUUUCUGAUGCACAGAUCUCUCCUGGAGGAGAAGAAGCAGCACUGAAUGCCUGCAGCAGACUGCAAUAUGCAGUAGAGACCCUCCUGGAGCUUCUCAAUCAAGCCAACACACAGUUGGAAAAGACUCAUGAUAGCCACAUUUCUCUGGAGGAGAAGUUGUCUCAGGGCAAAGAAGACUCUGCCAAACUCAUUCAACAGCACAAGCUCUUAUUGGAACAGCUUGAUCAUGAAGCCAAGCUGAAAAGUCAGCUCCAGCUUGAACUCCACAAGGCAGAGGGGCUACUAGGGGGCUAUGUUGCUGAAAAAGCCGCCCUAGAGGAGUCUCUGCAACAGAAGGAGGCACAAGAGGAGAGACUAGCAGAAGAGCUGGAACAUCUCAAGAAAAAGCUGCAUCAGGUGGAGGGUGUAACUGCAGAGCUGGAUAAUCUCAAAGUAAAGCACCAAGAGCUCAGUGAGGAGCAUACAAUUCUCUUACAACAAAGGGAUCAUCUUGCUGCCGGUCUGAAUGACAGAGAGAAAACUCUGCUAGCAGAGACUGAGCAUUUGGAACGGGAUAAGCUUGACCUGCAGCGACAGGCAGAAAAGGACCGCAGCUCUCUGUCGCUGCACCUCAGAGCCUUAGAGAAAGAGCUAGAAGAUCAUGAAACCAAAGACAUGGAAACUGAGCUGCAUCACAAGAAGCACACAGAAGACCUCCACCAGCGUGUCCAAGCACUGGAGAAACAGCUGAAACACAACCGGCAGUUUAUAGAGGAACAAGCUGUGGAGCGUGAACAUGAGAGAGAUGAGUUCCAGCAGGAGAUUUGCAAGCUUGAGGCUCAACUGAGACAUCAAGCUGGUGGGGAUAAUAAAGGGCACAAGUUUGAGGACUUGGUUCUGCAGGUGGAAAGUCUUCAAGCUAUCAUUAAAGACAAGACAGAGGACCACGAAUCCUUGCUUGCAGCCAAUCAGGAAGCUCAGCGUGAUCUUGCAGAGCAGAAUGAAGAGAUAGACAAGCUAGCUGGACGAAUUAGAGACCUAGAGCAAGCAUUGCUCAGCAGUGCUGAGAGUAAAAGUUCUAUUCUUCAACUUGAGCAAGAGCUCCACAGAGUAAAGCUGAGGGAGCAGGAGUUCAUGCAAGAUAAACAGGCACUGGAGCAGCAGCAGCUGGCUAACAGACUUCAGAUCUCAGCCCUGCAGUCCAAACUUGAUGAGACUAGACACUGUUACCAUGACAACACCCAUGACCCAACCCAGGAGCUUAGGGAUGCUCUGAAUUCUGCCCAGCAGAACCUGCAGAGCAAAGAGCAAGAGAUUGAAGUCUUGCUUGGCCAACUGGAUCAUGUGCAGAAGGACUUGAACAUCAAAGAGGUUGAACUGAAGCACUUGACAUUACAGUUGGAGCUAUUAACCAAUCAGAAUGCAGCUCAUGUUAAUGAGCUCCAAGAAGAGAUAGCUGCUCUUAAGGAAACUGUAUCCACCUUCACCCUUCUAAAGGAGGAGAGAGAGGGAAGAAGAGAGGUUGUGGAGACAGAGGAAGAGACUCUUCCUUCAGCAUUACUCCAGGAGAAAAACCAGGAGAUUGAUCACCUCAACAGUGAGAUCCACAAGUUGGAACAAGAGCUACAGAAUUCCAGGGAUAACAAGGCUUUAGAGGCUGAGCUUGAGGAUCUGCACUCUCAGGUGGAGCAUCUAAAAUCUGAAAUUGUGCGAGUGCGCCAGGACAAGCAGGAAGAAGAGGAACGUCUUCAUGAGGUCAUCAGCACACUGCAGGCAGAACUUGCCACCUUAGGCCCCAACCUGCAUGAAGUUAGUGACUCUCAGGAUGGUGACAGCAUCAAUCUCUCACCUUCUCCCAGCCCCGAACCUCAAACCUACACUGUACAACAACAAACACAAAAGGAAGGGCCAAACAACCUGAAACAAGAACUCAGUCUUUCUCAUUCAGCCUCAUCUCGUUCCCUUCAUUCCCAUGUGAAGGCCCUACAGAGCCAACUGGACACGGUAGUGGCAGAGAAAGAGGCUCUGGAGCAGUUGCUGCUCACGCAGGAGGAAGAGUACAGAGGACAUGGGGAGGAGUUGUGUAAGGAGCUGAAAACUGAAAGAGAAAAGGCUGAAGAACUUCAAGAUCUCCUCACACUUAAAGAAGCUGAGCUGAAGGAGGUCAAAGCCAAGAUGGUAGAAGAGACAGAGAAGCGAAAACUCUCAGACGAGGAAAAGGACAGUUGGAAAGCUAAAGCCCAAGAGUCAUGUGUCCUGCAGGAGGAGAAAGCUCACCUCAGUAAUUUGGUUAUGGAACUAGAAAAGAAAGAACUAGAGAGUGGCAGAGAGAUUGAUGCUCUAAAAACAAGUGAAGAGUUAAUGAAAAAGGAAAUGAAAAUCCUGAAUGAAGCUAGUCUUAAUCUGGAGAGACAAAUCCAGGAGGUCAUGGCUGAAGUAGUGGAAAAGAAGCAGUUAAUAGCUGAGGAAAAGGCAAAGGUUGACACCCUGGAGACUGUGAAGGAAAAGCUUUCUGCUGAAUGUGAGGCACUGAGGAGGAAUGAGGCAGAGCUCCAGGAGGAAAUGGAAAGACUCAGGAAAGAAGUGACUUCUAUGGCAGCCCAAAUCCAGGAUUUAACAGUUCAGUUGAAUGAAAAGGGAGCCAGUCAGGAAGAGGCUCAAAAGGAGGUACUGAGUAAUAAUGAUGCCCUGAGACAGAAGGAAGCAGAGCUCGUCAAGCUGGAGGCAGAGCUGCAGGCUCUGAAGGCGGAGCUGUCUGUGGUUAAAGAGGCGCUUAGUACCAGCAAAGAAGCUGCUGAGAAGCUACUUGAGGAAAUACAGACUAAAGACCUUACUCUCACUGAUCUGGAGAAUGAUAACCAGCAACUAAAGACAGAGGUUCAAGGUCUGCAGGAAGACCUGGCUGUGCAGGAGGAAGAACUGGUCUACCAUCAAAGAGAACUCCAGCAACUCAGAAUAAGCUACCACCAGCAAGAAACACUUCCUCAACAACAGAGAUACUCACAGAAGGAUAUUUCCCUUGGAGCUUUUGAGGAUGGCGUGAGUGUCUCUCAUGAGGAAGCCUCCCUGAGUUCUCCAGAGGUUCUAAGGAGACUUGAAUGUUCUGAAGACAAAAUUCACCCAUUCCACACAUCUGUUCUUGGAUCUCGCCUGUCUGACCUCAGUGCUUUGAACAGUCCUGGUUAUGAUCUCCCCACUAUUAAGACAUCUCCCAGGGUAGUGAUGGAACCACAACACUCAAGGACUGUCACCCCUGAUCCAGCUACACGUACUACCCACUCCCCAGGCUCUGUGUCAGGCUCUGAUAACAUGUACAUGCUGGACUCAUUAGACACUGACAAAGUACAUGAAUCGGACGCUCUUGAUGGAACAGCCCCUUCAUCUCCACUGGGUUCCAGUUCUUCCUUGUCAGCUCCAGAAUGGGCCAGCGAUGGAUAUGGCAGUAAUGUGAGUUCAGAGUUGGGUGCGAGGUUGAGAUUGGAGCUGGAACAGACAGAAAGGUUGGACGCUCAGUUUGUUGAGUAUCUGCGCUGCAGAGGCAUGAACCCCACAGCCAACACAGAUAGCGCCGCAGGGAGUAUGAGUCACAGCGAAGAUCUCUUGUCACCUGAGAUACAGGGUCUGUUGAAGCGAGUCUAUCAGGAAAGCUGCAGAAUUCUCACUUUGUCCCAGCGCCGUGCCACUUCUUCAACCCAGCCUUGUAUCUCAAAUGUGAAUGCUGUCUUAAUGAGUCAGACCCAGAAUCAUUCUGGUGAUGGGUCCACCCUCAUGAACCAUCAUAACAAAUCAUUUUCACAUCCCCCAAUGACCUGGCAGCAGGAGAAGAGGGCACUGCAGGAGACGGUGGUUGCUCUCCGAGAGCUGCUCUGUCGAAUGGCACAGCGAACCACACAAACUGACAGUAGAAGUGAAGGGGUCUGGGACAGACACCAGCCUCCGAUCGACAGACAGAUUGAAACUCAACUUAGAGCAGAACUGGAGGAGAACCAGAAAGAAUUGAAAUGUGCUCACGAUAUUCAGCAAGAGCAAAAGAACAAAAUACAGUCGCUCAGGCUGGCUAUAGAAGAUGCUGAGGAGUCUUUGAGAAAGAAGCAGACCAGAGUCCAGGAACUUCAGCAACAGUUGGAGCAAGAAAGAAAUUUGAUUCUCUCAAAGGAACAAGAAGAACUGGAAAAGAGAGAAGCUAUACAGGUGUCUCUGGAACAGCAGAGGUCAGAAGUCGUGGCUCUUCAGGGUCAGCUGGAGCAGGAAAGAGUGGCCUGCAGCAACCUGAGGCGUGAAAUUCAAAUUGAACAAUCACGUAGUAUGCUUGUUGAGAAACACUUAGCUGACACCGAAAAGGAGCUACAAGAUGAACGGCAACGUUCAACCCAACAAAAGACUCUGAGUAUACAAGAGAAGAGUCAUCUUGAGCAUCUCCUGAGUGAAGCUGAAUCUCGGUUUGCAGAAAUUCAGGCCAAGCUUGGUGACGCUCACAGAAGACUGGAUGAAGAGAGAGACCGUUUCUCCAGGCAGCUGGAUGAGGUCAGAUGCAGGCAUGAAGCUGAUGCUGCCAGGGACAGUAAGGUCACUUCUGACUUGAGAGCUCAGCUAGAACAGGAGCGAAGGCAGGGGCAGGAGCUAGCUGCUGUGGCAGAUAAAUUGAGGGCUGACCUACUGCAAAGUAGAAGGAGAUUGGAAGAGGAGGAAAAAAUGAGAAGAGAAGAGCUGCACAGGGAGCAGGAGGUCGCAAUCCAACUUCGUGUAGCUAUGGAGGCCUUGAAGGAGCAAAAGGAGAAAACCAGCCAUGCUUUAGAGCGAGAGCGUUCUAAGGGCAAGGAACUUUUGGACCUACAGGAGACAGUGCAUCUGCUGAAGGAGAAAGAAAGAGAGAGGGAGGAGCAAUGUUGGAGAGACAACAGGAAAAAGAGGAAGGAACAGCAGGAGAGAACCAAUAGCAACCUGUGUGAGCUGGAGUUGUUGAGGCAGCAGGACCAGCAGCAUAUGAAGGAGCUGCAGCACACCCUGAUGGAGCUUGAAAGAGAGGAAAGAGAGAUGGCUGCUCAGAGGCUGUGUGAAGUGACAACGGUGCAGCCACACAAGGCUUCCCAACAUCACGAAAGUAACUCUCAGACCAAUGAUGGCCAGGACAGCAGCAACCAAAACAGCCAACAGAUACCGCCUUCCUCACCCAAUCUCCUGGAGAAAAUGUUGAAGGAGAACUCUGAGUUGGCCGUUCAGGUCACAACACUGAAUAAGGAGAUAACAACCCUCAAACACACACUCACCUGCCUGGAACGACAGUUACACCGGGCUGAAAAUGAACUUGCCAAGGUCACGACGGAGACUGAAAACAGACCCAUCAAUGACAUGACCAGCCAUGGAAAGAUGCAGCGUAUGUAUGGACGAUAUUUGCGUGCUGAAAGCUACAGAAAGGCACUGGUUUACCAGAAGCGCUACCUUCUGCUGCUGUUAGGAGGAUUCCAAGACUGUGAACAAGCCACAUUAUGUCUCCUCGCUCAGAUCGGAGCACGACCCUCACCCCAACUCUCCUCCAAGCUCAGACCCCUCAGACGAUUUCGAGCUACUGUGCGAGUCAUCAUUGCAGUGUCACGAAUGAAAUUCCUGACCAGGAAAUGGCAAACGGCAGUUAAGAGGCUUUCUCCAUCUGGGAAUGUUCAUGCACAAGCUCAAGAGUCUAAAGUGGAUGUUUUGAGAGAACAGCAAUCCAAUUCUAGUUCAUGGCCAAAUAGAGACACUGGUGCCGUCCACAGAGAAACCGUGUCACUCCGGUCAGCCAUCAAAUCACCUCUCAGAUUACACAACAGGUCAUACCCCAUCUCUACCCUGACUUCUGGCCAUAAUGGCGGGACUGCUCAGGAUCCAGAGCAAUCCCUGAUGGAAUACAUCCGACACCUAGAACAUGUGCAGCAGCGGUUGGUAGGAGGGAGGCAAGGUUCAUCUGUUCUCCAUUCUGACCCAAAGACAUCCAACCACUGAACAAAGAUGUUUCCUCCGUGGAUAAUAUUGCUACAGCUCUGUCCAUGCCUUGCAUCCCUGCUGUUAUGGGGAUUAAAAAAAAAAACUUAUUUUUUAAAGAUUUUUGCUUGUAUCUCAUUACAGUCAUUGUAUGUAAGAGGACAAACAUUUUGUUUUUAAACAGUAAUGUUCAGCCAAAA